AAUACAAAGAUCUGUGACAUGGAGCGAAAGACCUAUCCCUGUAGAUAAAAUUUCAUUUAAUGCAAAGAAAGAAGAGACAGACCUAAUAAAGCUACAUAUUAUAUUCAAACAAAAAGUUAUCAUAUUAAAACCACCUUAUUGUUUCCAUAAUUUAUAAUUUUAAAAUUUAGGUACACAUAUUUAAGGAGCGGGGUGUAAAGUUUAUUUCAUUAAAUAAUGUGGAACAAUGCAGACUGUAGUCAAGUUGACCGGUCUGUCUGUCCAAUUACAGCAAUUACAAUCACCGUGAGACUACAUAAUUGUCGGUCCAGCGAGCAGCAAAAACAACGGUUGAUCGGGCCCAUUGAAGCCUAGCGAGCAGAGUCAAGGCCAGGGUGGUCGGGUGUAACCAGCCUUGCUACUUAUACUGGGUCACGCCGUGUCAGUAGCCAUAGUACCGUCUCACCAUGUACUUCUCUACCCUCGCUCUACUACUGCUGGCGACCGUCACGUCCGGCCUACAGGUGUUUGGGGACUAUGGGGAGGUCUCAGAUUACAAGCGUCAGGAAGGAGGCGAGGAGGGUGGACUGGACCACUCUGGUCAUUGGACUGCCGGGGGGUCGGACCAUGAGGGACGAGGCCACGGGGAGAAACUGCACAACUCUCACUUCUAUGGUGGUUCAGGAGAAGUGGGGGAGGGCGGCAGCAAGGCAGGAGGCCAUCUGAAGCAAAAAGUGACCAAGGGCUACCAGAACUACCACCACAAGGACGAGGUGGGCCGGACUACGAGCUACAUCGACACAUCCGGAGACUCCGGAGACCACUACGGCAACUAUGACUCGGACCGUGCCUGGGGUAGUCACGGGCACGGUGGAUCACACAGGGACCAUCAUGCCUCUGGGUACUCCGGUCAGAACGGACUGACAGGCCAGAAGUUCUCCCAGAAGAAAGGGGACUACAAGGGAAACAUUGCGGAAGUUAUCUACGCCAAGAAACCAACUUACUACUCGAAACCAUACCAGCCCCAAGUUCCUUACCCCUACUACUUCUACUAAGUUAGGCAACUCCUUUUGUAUUGAUUUGUAUAAAUAUGAAGUGCAAUAAAUAGCUUUUAUACUUCUAUCUUAA